AUUUUCUGACAGCUUCCAGGCGCUUCGGACAGAAAACCAACGCCGCGACUUGGAAUCCAAACAAAAAGUGGAGUGAAAUCGCGGAAAAUUGCUAUUGUGCUAGUUCUUUUUACCAAGUUAAGUUCCAUUUUUUUGUGUUAACAGUGUGUCCUCCGCAUUGCGAGGACCAUCAAAAACUUCAAGCUGUCUGCCGUCGUGAAAAUGAAGCUGAUCGACUCGGUCGUUCGAAGCUUCAAAGUAGCAAAGGUAUUCCGUGAAAACACGGACAAAAUAAACGCCAUUGACUAUUCGUCCAAUGGGGAAAUGCUAAUCAGCUGCAGCGAAGACGAUCAGAUUGUGUUAUUCGAUUGCGAAAAGGGAACCCAAAUCCGGACGGUCAACUCGAAGAAGUACGGCGUGGAUUUAAUUCACUUCACACAUGCCAACAAUACCGCGAUUCAUAGCUCGACCAAAGUAGACGAUACGAUCCGGUAUUUGAGCCUUCACGACAACAAGUACCUGCGAUAUUUUCCUGGGCACACAAAAAAGGUCAUAUCGUUAAACAUCUCUCCCGUGGAAGAUACAUUUUUGUCGGGCUCGCUGGAUAAGACGUUGCGCCUGUGGGAUCUACGGUCGCCCAACUGUCAGGGAGUUAUGCACCUAAAUGGGCGUCCAGUGGCGGCGUAUGAUCCGGAAGGCUUGAUUUUUGCGGCCGGUGUUAAUUCCGAAAGCAUCAAACUGUACGACUUGCGCUCAUUUGACAAAGGACCUUUCGUGACGUUUAAACUGAACCAGGAAAAAGAAUGCGAUUGGACCGGGUUGAAAUUUUCCCGAGACGGAAAAACGAUUUUGAUCAGCACAAAUGGUUCGAUCAUCCGAUUGAUUGACGCUUUCCAUGGUACCCCGCUGCAAACAUUCACAGGUCAUUUGAACAACAAGGGUAUACCAAUCGAAGCAUCCUUCAGUCCGGAUUCGCAAUUCAUUUUCUCCGGCAGCACAGACGGAAGGGUUCACGUGUGGAACGCCGACACGGGUUACAAAAUAUGCGUUCUCAACGGCGAUCACCCCGGGCCCAUACAAUGCGUUCAGUUUAAUCCCAAGUUCAUGAUGCUCGCCUCAGCCUGCACCAAUAUGGCGUUCUGGUUACCAACGGCGGAAGACUCCUAGAUAUUAAUCUACCGAACGAUAGUAGCGAAAAACAUUCUUACUUUAAUAUUGAACUAUUUUAAAACCAGCUAAUCGAGCUGUCGUCUUAAGAUUUUUAUAGAAAUGAAUAAAUAAGUAUUUCUAUAAGUAGAA